CAAGAUGAAAGCGCUACUGCUGUUGACUCUUCUUGUGGCUGUCAGUGACUUUGCCAGGGCCUCUGUGUACCGCUGUCCUGGAGGAUGCUCCUACAAGUGCCCCGAUAUCAAAUUCGAAACCUGUCCUUAUGGAAAGGCAACUGACUCGUGCCGUUGCUGUUAUGCGUGUGGCAAGGGACCUGGAGAAAUUUGCAAUCCUUACGCAGAAGAAUGCGGAACAAACAUGUCUUGUGAACAUGAAUAUUGGUAUAUCUAUCGGUGUAAGGCGAAGUAACAAGACUGAUGCAGUUGUUAACUUAAAGGCCAGCACAACUUGAUUGUCUGAAGUGUUUCUGCAUCGAACGCCAGUCUUUGUGCUCCUUGUGGUUUAAAGAGACACCAAUCUGUGAAGAUCAGAAUAAAGUGCCCAAUUCCA